AUGGCCGAAACCGAGAAGCAGAUCACUGGUGAGGUACAUGAUGGCGCAUUCUAUGCAGAUGUUGAAAAACACAAGGCUGCCUUAUCUCCCUCCAGUGGGUCUGAGGUUGGUCAAGAUGCACACUUUGGCAUCAACGAGAAGGCACUGCUCCGAAAGCUUGACCUGAAAUUAUUGCCCGCUUUAACGCUGUUAUAUCUCCUGUCAUUUCUCGACCGCAGCAAUGGUAGGGCCUUCAACCCUGGCAACCUCUGUUCGACUGCUCACGGUAUCUUAGUCGCCAAUGCGCGUGUCGAGGGUUUGGUGGUAGACUUGCAUAUGACCGGGAACCAGUACCUUACCGGCUUGACCUUAUAUUUCAUCGGCUACGUCCUCUUCGAAGUGAGUCUGGACAAGAACGAUCAGCUUCGUAUGAUGAACUGA